AUGCCAGAAGAGUAUCGACGAAAUGAAACAAUAGAAGAACGAGAAGCACGCUUGCUGAAGAGCACAAUAACAACUGCUUCACGACGAGCUGCUUCAACGCCUUCUCAGCGUGAGGCCCGACAAUCAGCAAACGCAUAUAGGACAGCUGCUUCGCAUGCUGACAAAACACCUGCUCAUCGUGAGGCCCGACAAACAGCAAAUGCAUAUAGGACGGCUGCUUCACGUGCUAACGAAACGCCUGCUCAGCGUGAGGCCCGACAAACAGCAGAUGCAGAUAGGACAGCUGCUUCGCGUGCUGAAGAAACGCCUGCUCAGCGUGAAGUUCGUCUUUCUAAUGAUAAUGAAAGACAUGUGAACAGAAGAGCGAACUAG